UAGAAGUGAAAGAACAGUCAGACCGGAUGUUGUACAUCUGCUUCUUGGGAGGUUGGACUUUCCCCGGAAGUGGCCGGCUGCUGCAGAAGCCAUCGCUGCGGUUCGCACGGAACCGGACUGGCGGGAUGGAGCCUGGUGCGGUUUCUCCGGGCGUUCGGAUCAAAUCGGAACCGGACGACGUGGAGAUCCAGCCCCUCACGCUCCUCAAGAAGCUGUCCGUCAAACUGACCGACUGCAGGCUGUGGCUGGAGGGGCGGGACUUCCUGUCUCUUGAUGAUUAUCCUCAGCUGAAGCAGCGCCGUCCGACGAGCACGAGCAGGAAGAUGGUUUACUGCCCAGAAUGCAACCGGGGUUUCUACAAGAGUGCUCACCUGGAGGCUCACCUGAGGACCCACCGGGGGGGGAAACUCAACGAGUGCUGGCGGUGCGGGAAGAGCUACCCAACCCUCAUGAGCCUGGUGGUCCAUCAGCAGGUCCAUGAGCGCAGGGAGCCCUACCACUGUUCCCACUGCGACAAGACCUUUGCCCUGAAGAGGGACUGGAAGACGCACCACCGCACGCACUCUGGCACAAAGCCGUUCAGGUGCUGGUUCUGUGGCGACGGGUUUGGCGAGCAGGCGGAGCUGGGCCAGCACCUGGAGACGCACCAGGGGGAGAAGUGCUACCGUUGCAGGGUCUGCGACAAGAGGUUUGUCUCCUACCAGGGCUUCAACUUCCAUCGCCGGUCGCACCGGAAGAGCAAGCCGCUGCCCUGCCCCAGGUGUGAGAAGACCUUCGGGAACCCCCAGAGCCUGAAACUCCACCAGGUGACCCAUUCCGACAGGAAGCCGCAUCAGUGCCCCACUUGUGGCAAAGGCUUCAAGCUGCUGAGCGGCAUGCGGGUCCACCGGCGGACCCACCAGGACCUGAGGGACUACCACUGCGCCGAGUGCGGCAAGCGCUUCUCCAGCCUGCAAGGCCUGAAGCUGCACGACCGCACCCACACCGGCCUGAAGCCCUACCGCUGCACCGAGUGCGGAAAGCGCUUCACGCAGUCGCCACACCUGAAGUCCCACAUGGUGACGCACACCGGGGAGCGGCCCUUCCUCUGCACCACCUGCGGGAAGAGAUUCACCCAGUCGUCCCACCUGAGGUCCCACAUCACGCUGUUCCACGUGGGCGAGAAGCCCUUUGCCUGCGAGGACUGCGGGAAGAGCUUCACUAUCGCCCACUACCUGAAGAUGCACCGGCUGAGCCACACCAAGGAAAAGCUGUACCAGUGCUCCUACUGCGACAAGGCCUUCUCCUACCACAACUCCUGGAGGGCCCACGAGAGGAUCCACACCGGCGAGCGUCCCUUUCGCUGCUGCGACUGCGGCCGGAGCUUUGUCACCUCCGGCUCGCUGCUAAGCCACCGCAGAACUAAGCACACUGGGGAGAAGAGCCACUACUGUAUCACCUGCGGGGAGUUCUUCUUUACUAGCUCGCUGCUGCGGGUCCACCAGCUCGACCACACCGGCGAGCGGCCGCACGCAUGUUGUUGCGGCAAGACCUUCAAGACCAAAGGGGUGCUGCGUUACCACCUGAAGAGGUUCAUGGACCACCAGCCAGCCGAAUGACACGGGUCAGUUGCAGGGCCGUGGUCCAAUGGUCCCAGAGGUCCCGCAGGUCUUUUCCUAACAACGAUCCCUUGGCCUCUGAGGAAGAUGUCACAGGGUCAGGAAAAGUAGGACGGGGAGGAGCUCGGAGACAAUCUGUCUUCACUGAGCUACGCAGCUGUGAUAUCACUGAUGUGGAAGUAGGACGUUCAGAAGCUCCUCCUAGAUACUUCCUGUGUUCUCACAGAGCCAAUCGCAAGAAAAAAAAAACUUUAUUAGCAUUGCAGGAAUGUCAAUAAAAGAAAUCCGAAUUAUCCAAUAAAGAACAAAGCUACUAAACUGUCAACAUGUGCACAUUUACACAUUAUGAAGACUUACUUUCAUCAUUUCCGAGUCACUUUAAAUGAUUCUGCCGCAAGGCAUUGUGGGUAGGAAUUAUCCACUUUUCUUUUGUACAGGAAGGUCUGGUGUUUGUUCUCCUAAAUAUAAAGGAAGCACUGAAAACCUUUUGGUAGAGGAGCUCAUGAAGGAAGCGUUGAAGAUUCUACUCUACAGGAGCUUAACGGGACUCAUGAAAGAGGAACCGUCACGAGAACAAAAAGGAUUAUUGGACAUCCAUCACGGAGUCCGUGUACCCUUUUCUCAGCAUAAACGUCUCUACAGAAUUAUUUAAAUUGUUUCAAAUCACAGGUUUUGAUAAGAAGUCGGAAACUAUUAGGAAUCCGAUUGUCUGGGGGCCACGUGAAGCACUAACUUGGUCCUUCUCUGCUGCGAUCUCUUAAGCUCUUAAUAAACACCUUUAAAGCUGAAA